GGACAAUGGACAAAGCUAUGGAAGUGCGCACAGAUGGUAACUCUCUGUUAAAAGCUGUCUACUUGAGCAGAUUGCGCCUCACCAGACUGUUAUUAGAAGGUGGGGCUUACAUUAACGAGAGCAAUGAACAAGGUGAAACUCCACUCAUGAUCGCUUGCAAGACUAAACAUGUGGACCAACAGAGCAUCAGCAAAGCAAAAAUGGUGAAAUAUCUUCUGGAAAAUCAUGCUGAUCCCAAUAUCCAAGACAUGUCAGGAAAGACUGCUUUAAUGCACGCAUGCAUAGAGCGGGCUGGUGUUGAGGUUGUUGCAUUGCUACUGAGAAGCGGAGCUGACCCAAGUCUGGUAGACCGCUCAGGUAGCUCUGCUCUGGUGUACGCCGUAAACUCUGAUGAUAAGGAAACCCUUAAAGUUCUUCUGGAUGCCUGCAAAGCAAAAGGAAAGGAAGUAAUUAUCAUUACAAAGGAUAAAUCCCCCUCUGGGAGGCAGAUAACUAAGCAGUAUCUAAAUGUACCCCCUCCUAAAGAUACUGAAGAUCAAAAUUCACCAGUCCCUUGCACCUCACCCUCAGAAAUUGAGCUGAAGACGUCCCCACCUCCCCUCACACACAAUGCAGUCAAAGAUAAGCACGUUUUCUCUUUCAAAGACCCAGUUCAUCUCUUCAAUGACAAAGGUUCAUCAGAACCAGCUUCUCCUACGAGGAACUCCAGUCAACCUCAACCAGGAGCCAAACUACCUCAGCUGCAAAGGUUGCACUCUGAACCGUGGCUGAUCAUUCCUACAUCACUCUUAACUCAGCAAAAGGCAUCUUCAUUUCAAGAAGAUGUGAGUAACCUGACCAUGGAAGAAGGUCUUUCUCUUAAAAUCAAUGGCCUAACUCUACCCAAGCGACUCUUCACCAGACACCAAAGUAUUGAAGUGAAGGACACUGCAGCUUUACUAAGGUCCUUAGAUCAAGCUUCAGCAUUAACUGCAGCAAGGAAGUUCUCCUGUGAAGAAAUCCACUCCCAAUCUCUUCCCUCAGGCCUGUGUCAUAAUAACACAGUUCCUGUGGAUCAGGAUCCAACUUCAAUACCAUCAAUUUCUGUUUCUAGUUUACGGAGCAUUGUACAGAAAAGAAACUUGGGCAUUGAUCACUAUAAUUCUGACUCACAGCUCACAAUCCGCUUAAAGCAAAUGCCAGUUGAUGAAGGCAAACCAUUUCUGGAGAGGAAAAAAAUGAUCGCUUCCCCUUUAUCUGCAGUAACUAGUUCCAGAAAUUCUCUGGACAAUUUGCGAAUUGGUUCUCUGGGCACUGCAGGCAAGAGACACCCUGGCAUUCUGGAGAGACGAGGUUCGGGGACGUUGCUCUCAGACCACAUUUCACAAACAAGACCAGGCUACCUCCCGCCUUUGAAGGUGAAUCCCCAGCGUCUAAUUCCUGAUAUUGGAACCAAUAACAAAGGUUCUGUGGCAAAACCUCUAAUACCAGCUGCUCCAAACAGUCACAAACGAACAGACAUCAAAAACAAAAAAAUGCUGUUGAGAAGACACUCGGCCCAGAUAGAACAAAUGAAGCAGGUGGCAAAUUUUGAGGAAAUCUUUGGACAGUGAUGGCUUUCUCACUGGAAAGGCCAGUGGAAGACAUGUGGGACAUCCCUUCCUUUGGUGCAUUAGUCGCUACUGUAUCUCUGUUAAAUUAGAAUAGAAAAAAUGUUUUCCCACUCAUCGAUCAUGUGAAGCAACUUUCCUUCAGUUUGCUGCUGCUCACCUGACCAGUCGUAUCACAAGUGUCGUCUUUGUGGGGAUGUGACAAACAGCAAAUAACAAUAAAGACCAAUUUCCAGCAAUGGAAUUUCCCCAAAUGAUGGCAGAUUAAACCUCAGAAAUGGAAUACAAAGCUCAGAUCAAUAACAAGGCCAACUUCAAACUCUGAAAGCCUGACCUGGAGCGGCAAAGUCAGAAGCUCCAGCACACAGGCAUAAGCAGCAGCACCGUGCUGUCUGUUACCUUUCUAUGUCAUUGAAUGACUGUCUCCCAUUGUCAGCAUACCAUAGUUUACACAGAGGCCCUCAUAUAAACCAACGGCAUAUAACUUCCAAUUCUUUUAAUCUUGGUCUUAUUAAUUACUGUAACAAGUAUUUGUAUUAAACAAUGGAGAAGUGAUUUAAGGAUA